GUCUCAUGCCCCCACUCUCUGAGUGCUUCUCAACUUGAACUCCACAAGGGCGUCAUCAGUCUCUGCAGUCUCUCUCGCUCACUGAAGGGUGUGGGGGGACUUGAGUUCCAGGGAAGCUUUGAAUAACAAAGAGGGGAGAAAUAAAAGGAAUAAGCCCAACAAGCCCUCAGUCAUCCGGCAGAAAAGAGAAGACGCAGGAAUAACCAUGCCUGAGCCUGUCCCUGAAGCUAAACCAGCUGAGGAUGCGCACCCAGCUGAUGGAGCAGGUUCAGAAGCUGAUGAUGAUGCGGAGAAAAACGCUGCGGGGCAGGAGAACCAGACGACUACGCUCAGUGGGCUUUUUGUGGAGAAGCCGCCGGAGAGCGUGGUCGCUGUCGCAGGAUCCGACGUGACCUUCAUAGCCAAGGUGGAUUCGAGUACUCUGACGAGAAAACCCACCAUGAAAUGGUUGAAGGGCAAGUGGCUGGACCUGGGAAGCAAGGCUGGGAAACACAUGCAGUUCAAAGAAACAUACGACAGAAACACCAAGAUCUACACGUAUGAGAUGAAGAUCAUCAAAGUGGUGGCUGGAGAUGCUGGAGGCUACAGGUGCGAGGUGACCGCUAAGGACAAGUGUGACAGCUCAACCUUUGAGAUCACCGUGGAGGCUGCACAUCAGGAGGACCAAGCAGAUAUUUUGUCUGCGUUCAAAAGAGCAGAUGCUGGAGAGGAUGAAGGAGACCUGGAUUUCAGUGCCCUGCUAAAAGCUGCUAAAAAGAAGAAGAAACCUGAGAAACAAGAACCAGAGAUUGACGUGUGGGAGUUGCUCAAAAGUGCCCACCCAAGCGAGUAUGAGAAAAUCGCCUUCCAGUAUGGCAUUACUGACCUGAGAGGCAUGUUGAAACGCCUAAAAAAGAUGAAAGAGGUGCAGAAACAUAGCGAGGCUUUCCUGAAGAGGCUCGAGUCUUGCUACUCGGUGGAAAAGGGCAAGAAAAUCGUCAUGUCGUGUGAGGUUCUCGAUCCCAACGUCCAGGUCAAAUGGUUGAAGAAUGGCCAGGAGAUCAAACCCUCAGCCAAGUACGUCAUGGAGGCCAUCGGUAAUGUCCGAACACUCACCAUCAACAAGGCCAACCUGUCCGAUGACGCUGCGUACGAGUGUGUGGUCGGCGAUGACAAGUGUUCCACAGAGGUGUACGUCAAAGAGCCCCCCAUCACCAUCACCAAGCUGAUGGAUGACUAUCAUGUGGUCGUGGGAGAAAGAGUGGAGUUUGAGAUUGAGGUGUCUGAGGAGGGUGCUCAUGUCAUGUGGUACUUUGAGGAUCAGGAGCUUAUCAAAGACAAGGAAUCCACAAAGUAUCGCUUCAAGAAGGACGGGAAAAAGCACACGCUUAUCAUCCAGGAGGCCACGCUGGAUGAUGCUGGGAUGUACCACGCCUGGACAAACGGAGGGCACACCAAAGGAGAGCUGGAGGUGGAAGAGAAGGAGCUGGAGGUGCUGCAGGACAUUGCUGACCUGACAGUCAGGGCGACAGACCAGGCCAUGUUCAAGUGUGAAGUGUCCGAUGACAAGGUCACAGGCAAGUGGUUCAAAGAUGGAGUGGAGGUGUUGCCAAGCGAGCGCAUCAAGAUGACUCACAUUGGAAGGUUUCACCGACUGGUUAUUGACAACGUGAAGCCAGAGGACGCUGGAGACUACACGUUUGUUCCCGAUGGAUAUGCUCUGUCACUUUCUGCCAAACUUAACUUUUUGGAAAUUAAGAUUGACUACGUACCGAGACAAGAUCCACCAAAGAUCCACCUGGACACCACAGGAAACAUGGUCUCUCAGAACACCAUUAUUGUGGUGGCAGGCAACAAGCUUCGUCUGGAUGUGGAGAUCACGGGAGAGCCGGCGCCCACUGUGGUUUGGUCCAAAGGAGAUGAGCCAAUCACAGCCACUGAGGGGCGGGUAAAGGUGGAGUCCAGGAAGGACCUCAGCUGUUUUGUCAUUGAGGGUGCCGAGAGAGGUGAUGAGGGCAACUACAGCAUCUGUGUCACCAACCCUGCAGGAGAGGACAAGGCUGUGUUGUUUAUAAAAAUUGUGGAUGUGCCCGACCCCCCUGAGAAUGUCAAAUGCACCGGAGUGGGCGAGGACUGUGCCACCAUUGUUUGGGAGCCCCCUAAAUUUGACGGUGGUGCACCGAUCAAAGGUUAUCUCAUGGAAAGAAAGAAGAAAGGCUCCUCAAGAUGGACGAAGCUCAACUUUGACGUAUAUGAAUCCACCACAUACGAGGCCAAGAGGAUGAUUGAAGGAGUCCUGUAUGAAAUGAGGGUGUUUGCUGUCAACAGCAUUGGCUUGUCUCAGCCAAGUCUGAACUCCAAACCCUUCAUGCCCAUCGCCCCAACCAGCGAGCCGACGCGUCUGAUGGUCCACGAUGUGACAGACAGCACAUGCACCUUGAGGUGGCUCGCCCCGGAGAAGAUCGGAGCCGGCGGUCUGGACGGCUACGUCAUUGAGUAUUGCAAAGAGGGCGACACUGAGUGGGUAGCGGCGAACACGGAUCUGUGGGAGAAGCAGGGGUAUGUGGUGCGUGGCCUCCCCGUGGGAGAGAAGAUCAAUUUCAGGGUGGUGGCAGUAAACAUUGCCGGUCGCAGUCCGCCUGCCACACUGUCACAGCCCGUUACCAUCCGCGAGGUUGUUGAAUAUCCAAAGAUCCGCCUUCCACGUGAGCUGAGAACAAAAUACAUCCGAAAAGUUGGAGAAAAGAUUAACCUGACCAUCCCAUUCCAGGGUAAGCCCCAUCCUGUGGCAUCUUGGUUCAAGGAUGGCCAGCCGGUUGAUCCCAAGAUGGUGAACGUUCGCACCACAAACGUAGACAGCAUCCUCUUCAUACGCUCGGCAGAAAGAGAGCACUCUGGAAAAUACGAGCUGGUCCUGAAGAUUGAGAACAUGGAGGACAGAGCCUCCAUCGACAUCAGGAUCAUUGAGAAGCCUGGGCCUCCACUGAAUGUGAGGGUGACAGACGUCUGGGGGUUCAAUGCCGCACUGGAGUGGGAGCCCCCAAAAGAUGACGGCAACUGUGAGAUCACCGGAUACACCAUCCAGAAAGCUGACAUGAAGACUAAGGAAUGGUUCACUGUUUACGAACACAACAGACGGACAAACUGCACAGUCUCAGAUCUGAUCAUGGGUAAUGAGUACAUGUUCCGGGUCUACAGCGAGAACCUCUGCGGCCUGAGCGAGGAGCCGCGGUUCAGCAAGAACACGGCCACCAUUGCUAAAACAGGCCUGGAGCAGAAACAAACUUCCUACAAGGAGAUGGACAUGGCCUGUGCACCCAAAUUUACUCAGCCCCUGGUGGACAGAUCUGUUGUAGCUGGGUACAGCACUGCAAUCAGCUGUUCUGUGAGAGGCUUUCCCAAGCCUAAGAUCGUCUGGAUGAAGAACAGAAUGAUCAUCGGUGAGGAUCCCAAGUUUUUGAUGCAGAACAACCAAGGGGUGCUGACGCUCAACAUCCGCAAGCCGGGCACUUUCGACGCGGGCAAAUACUCCUGCAUGGCGGUCAAUGACCUGGGUCAGGAUGAAGUGGAGUGCAAGCUGGAUGUCCGAGUGGCCACAGACCCGGAUAAAAAAUGAGGAGCCGAACAGCGGAGGGUGUGAAAUCGCAUGAGCCAAACUGCAGAUGUAGAGUGAAUGUCACCAUGAGGGAUACAAGUUAUUACGAGUGAUUCAAAUAAAGUUUAUUGAUGAUCUGCAA